UGAUAUUCACAGAAGCUUAAUGUGUCACUGUGAUUCUUUCAACCGAAUACUGAACAACGAACGAUUCUUACAAAGGAAUUCACGGACCGAGAUUCCAGGCCAAUACAGAAUUAUUCUAUAAUGAAUAUAACUUGAAAUGGGUAUUUUUGUUUACAGUCCAUUCAGUGCAUUAACUAAACAUACCAAAAGACAACAAAACAUGCGCAGAUUGGGUUCUAACCGAUUUUACGCCCUUUAAGUGCCAACUCGUCUUUGAGAAGGGGGGACAAAGGGCCGGUUUUUAAAACGCAGAGUAAAUCGUCAAUUCUCGGAUCUAUAUUAAUAUUCAAACAUCAAGAACAGCAAAUAUUUACAAGAGUCACACUCUUAAGUCUUUAAAAUCCAUCUGUCUACAAUACCAGGUGAUCUUAGAGAGACAUAUCUUUAGAUCUUCCAGUACAAGUAUAGCGGACAUCAAGGUUAGAGUUCUUUGACAAAAUGGAAUUUUUCACGCAAGAGUCCAAUUAUUGAAUUACUCCUAAUGACAUUACCACAGUGUAGCGAUUCACGCGGAGACUUACGGUAAGCAUAUAACAACAAAACUGAACGCAUUGAGACAACAUGGGCCAACAAAGUAGUAGCCAAGAUAGAGAGAAAGAAAAGGAGUUAAUGCAACGCCAUAAGAUUGACAAAAGGGAACUGGAAACUUUAAGGAAACUGUUCCGAGAGCGAUGCGGAGGAAAACACAAGGCCUUAACUAAGACCAAAUUCCGGGAAGUUUACAAUGAGUUGUUCCCGGGUAAAUCGACUCAGUACGCGGACGAGAUGUUCCGGUUAUUUGACAUGGACGGCAAUGGAGAGGUGGAUUUUGUGGAGUUCGUUCGGAACAUCUGUAUGUGUGACAGUGACGAUAUAGAGGAGAAGAUAGAGGUCGCUUUUGCGCUGUACGAUAAAGACAAUAGUAAGACGAUUUCUCAAACGGAGGUCAGAAACAUUCUGGAGGCUUAUGCGAAUAUGUUUGGAGGCCGCUUGGAGGGAGGGAAAACGGGGGCCCAGAUUGCUAAAGAAUUCUUUGAAGAAAUGGACGCAGACGGCGAUCAAACGGUGACUUUCAAGGAGUUCCGCGAGGCAGCCAGACGAAAUUCCGCCAUCUUGAGCAUUGUAAAUCCCGAGCCCCCAAAUUGGAAUAACUAGAAAUUGAAAAUAUAAUAUAUAAAUAUGCAUAUUAAUUUUAUAUUCCGAAAGUGACGCCGUAUAUUCUUGAGUUUCCAGAAUACAAACACUUCAGUUUUUGUGUUUUGUUUGGCAUUUGGAUCAAGAUUAUGGACAUGUCGUAGCAAUGGUACUAGACAACACAAUUUUAGAGACCCUUUUAUAUUUGCCAAAGGUCUGUGUCAUGUUCUUUUUUAUCAAUCACAGAAUAAUCAAUGUAUCUUACGCGUCAUGCGAUGAUGCCUGCUAAAUAAGUUCUUAAGAGUUUCGGAUGUGCACAUAACAGAAUUCGAAUGUCCAUAAAUAGAACACAUCAUUUUUUUCUUCCUUGUCUGUGGAUAGCAUUGCCAUGAUUGCAAGAACAAAGUCGAUUUUUCAUUUGCAAAACAACCUUAUUCAUGCAAUAGAAAUCAUAUGUAAUAACUGUUGUGCCAAGUAUACAGAUGUAGAUAUUAUAUUUCAUAUUUGCAUAUUUCAUUGCAUGAAAAAUAAUGUAUAUAAUUAUUUCAUACUUUUUUUACCAUAUAUAUAUAUAUUGAUUAUUUUCAUAAUUCAGACAAUUGUGACUUGAGCUUUAAAUAAAAAAAACAUAUUCAAACAAUGCUACUAUAGUGGCAAACGUCCCAAUUCUUCUGUAUACAUACCAAUGCAAUAGAAGGAGUAAUCAUUUGAUGAUCGAUUCAUUGACACUAUCUGAUUGGCUGGAUAUGUUGUUGGCCUAUACUAUUGUCGGUAUUCACUUCCUAGCUGCACACAUACAAUCUAUAUGUUGUCAUUACAGUUGUUUAUAAGAGAACAAAGCAAAAUGAAUUUAUUUGGAUCUUAGAGUAAUAGAAUACAUGUAUAGUAUUAAUGAAGAGAAUCGUUUUUAUUGGGUGUGCUCAUACUCAGACUGAAUUAAACAAGUAAUUUAAAAUAAACCCAGAAGAUUAGAUACGCGUAACCUAAUCUCUCAAUUCUUUUCAUGUUUCAAUUAAAGUGAAAAAAAUAUAAUUUAGUACUUGGUGGAUUCGAUCCAGCGACCACAAAAAUCAAAAAGACCAACGCGUUACCACUAGGCCACGCAUCCAACAUUUUCAGAAGAUGAAUGUUUAUAAAAUAUAUAUGGCUAUAAACAUGAUUGUAUUAGAAAAGACAUAAAUUGAAAUAUUUGUCUAAUUUUCAGUACGAAGACCACGUUAAACCAAAAUUAAUUCAAUGUAAACGUUUGCUACAACAUUUGUAGAACAUAAUUUUGUUCUUAUUUGUUGGGUUUAAAGUGGUUCAAAUAGUCAAAUAUCCAAUUUUUUAUUGUAUACUAACUACUUUCCUAUAUAUCCCUAACAAACCCUGAAUAUUUUAAUGAUGCCGUGUAAGAUAAUUAAACUCUUAGAGCAUGAUAAUUGUGUAAUUUGCGUUUCUUUGAUUAUAUUGAAACUGAAUAUUGUGUAAUGUUAAAAAUGUCUGAUAUUUGCAAAAAUGCUAGAUUUUAAGCCAAAUCGUAUAUUAAGUGGGCUAACACUGUUAUACCUCUUUACAUCUAACUAGUGCAUGUGCAAUCCAGUUCUAACCAGUUUAUCGAUCGGUCCAAAUUUUCAUCAACCUAAGAAAAACCACGGACUGCACGAAAUAAUCGAAAUAAUCAUAUGACGUCAGACUCAAAUUCCCAUAUGAAACGACUUGUCUCUUUAUAUUACCUAACGUACUGAUUAUAGAUUUUACUUUUAAUUAAGUCUCCUUACGAUCAAUUUAUUUAUUUAUGAAUUUUUUUUAUUUAAAAAG